AUGGCGGCGCAGCCUGGCACGCCUGGCGCCAGUACGCCGUCCCUCUUUGGCGGCCCUACACUAUCAACUCCCAGCGCCAACACCAACACGCUCAGCCGUGCCUCCUCCUCUCUCCUUCCGUCUUCCAGCGGCCCCGGCCCUUCCGACAGCUCGCCUGGCUCAGAUGGCUCUGCCAACAACACCUACAUCAUGCCCAACUCGCCCAUCAAGAACAGGACCGGCCUCGAUGGCUACCGUCCCAAGGUCACGAAAACCCUGGGCCAGCGACCGGCAUGUCUUGUCAAUGCCUCGGUGACCUACUGCGGAAACAACACCAUCUAUGCCUUUGGAGGAUUUGACCAGUACACCGAUGAGGUCUACAAUCAUGUCCUCAAGCUCGACCUCAACAGCCAUCAGUGGAGUCUGAUCGACAAUUAUGGUGACAUCCCAGGUGUUCGCAUGGGACACACUGCCACCAUGUACGCUGGCGACAAGCUGCUUGUCUUUGGCGGCGAGAAUGAACACCGAACCUACCUGUCCGAUCUCAUAGUCUUUGAUCUCAAGACCGCUCAUUGGACAAUGCCACAAACGAGCGGACCGAAACCCAAGGGCCGGGCCCGACACGCCGCUGUUCUACACGAAGACAAGUUAUUCAUUGUCGGAGGUAUCACAGGCAACGAUAACUACGUGUUAGAUGACAUCUGCUACCUCGACCUGAAGACUUUCACCUGGUCUAGGUCAUGGCGCUUCGUUGGCCGCUUCGACCAUUCCGUGUACAUAUGGAACGACCGCGUGUGGGUGUUUGGUGGUAUGGGCGAAGACAUGGACAAGACUGGAGACUUGUGGUGGCUAGACCUAAAGGGAAGCCCAGCGUUCGACUCGGCACCCAAUGUUGGCAUCUACGACCGAAAUUUAGGGACCAACCGCGCUGUCGGUUCACCCCGACCCCCUUACAGCUUGACACAAACCCCAGCGGUUGGAACUUCUGGCUAUGCCGCCAAUUCUCGGACGCAACAAGUCAACCCGCCCUCUUUCCAGAUGAAGACGUACGCUCCGCCUGCACCUGGUACCAUCUCAUCGCUCAAGUUUGUAGGCGGGCCCAGCAUACCACCGCAAGGUUCCGGUAUACACUUCCACGUAUACUCGUCAGGCACGCUGCUCGAUUUUGUCACGCCAGCAGUCACAACCACAUCUAAGGAAUGUUCCUUGUCAGCCCUGGACCUUCAGACACUCCGAUGGCAAAAGCUUGCCGAGGGCAGGGAGAUAUUCAAAUCCGGCUAUCGCUGGCACUAUUGCACCAUGAACGAAGACGGAACCAAGGCGUGGCUCCUCGGCUGUCCGACAGAUCCACCGGCCAACGACCUGGGCCCCAAUGGAUUUGAGGAAUACUUGAGCGACAUCAUGGAGAUUGAUCUUCGCAAAUAUGGGUUCCUCGGAAACCACCUCGCAUCAGAGCCAGUGACGCAAUCUCGGCCGACUCGUGCGAUCGACCAGCCAUCACGAGGCCUAGGCGCAGAUCUCGCAUCGCUGUUCGACCAGCCUCCUGAGUCGGGUAGCGGCGCGGACUUUGUUAUUACGGCCCUGGCUGGAGGUUGGCCCUGGGAUGAAGAGAGCAUGCCACGGAGCGGCGAAGAUACUCCCGACCAAAACUGGCUUGCUCCGGGCACUCAUACAUCACAACCCAUACACGUGCACAAACUCAUCCUGCAGGCACGAUGGCCUCAUUUUGCCCGAUUGUACAAUUCUCAGAUGGCUGAGUUCCACACAAAAAAGAUGCACAUUCCUGAGCCUUAUUCGGUCGUCAGAGCAUUUCUCUACUAUCUUUACACAGACAGCAUCCACGGCACGUCUGUGCAGGGCAGUGAGGCCACAACGGAACUCGCCGACGUCGCUGGCCUUCUCGUCAUGUCCAACAUCUAUGGCCUCCCGCGCCUGAGGCUCCUCUGUGUGAAUCGACUGUUGAAGGAGCUCGAUGUCGAUCACGCCUGUAUCAUAUGGCACUCGGCCGGGCUUGCUAACGAGGAGUGGCUGAGGAAGCGGGCUGCGCAGUUCUGUCUCUUACACUGGGGCCGCAUUGUGCGGACUGAAGGGAUUUCUCCGUUUACCCCGGACAGCCCUUGUAGAAUUGUCUCAAGAGAUCGACAUGGAGGGCCGGGUCGUUGGAGCGUCGGCAGGAAGCAGAGUUUCAGCAGCCAGACGACGCAGAUGUUGGAAGACGAUCCCGAUGACGAAGAGAUGAGCUGA